GUCGCGCCCCGGGCGCAGGCCGCAGGGCUAAUGCGCGUGCGCGGGUCGGACUCCAAUUUAGACCCCCCCACCCCCUCCUCGACCCUCUCCUCGCCGGCGGAUUUCUGCGCACUCUGGGCCGGCGCAGCUGGUCCGUGGUGCAUCUUUAUGAAUAACUUAAAUGAUCCCCCCAAUUGGAACAUCCGGCCUGACUCCAGGGCUGAUGGAGGUGUCCAGGGUGGUGACGGCGGCAGAUGGAAUUACGCCCUGUUGGUUCCAAUGCUGGGACUGGCUGCUUUUCGUUGGAUUUGGUCCAGGGAGUCUCAGAAAGAGAUAGAAAAGGAGAGAGAGGCCUACCACCAGAGAACAGCAUCUUUCCAGCGGGACCUGGAGGCCCAAUAUCAUGCUAUCAUCUCUGAGAAUCGGCGCGCUGUGGCCCAGCUUUCCUUGGAACUGGAAAAGGAACAAAACAGGACAGCGAGUUACCGGGAGGCCCUUAUCUCUCAGGGCCGCAAGCUGGUGGAAGAAAAGAAGCUUCUAGAACAGGAGCGAGCUCAGGUCCUGCAAGAGAAGAGACAGCUGCAGCCACUGAGAAGCGCGUAUCUGCACUACCUAGCACAGGAAGAGGACUGGCAACGGCGUGCCCGGCUUCUGCUCAGGGAGUUCGAAGUAGCACUUACAGAGCGACAAAACAUCUACUGCAGCCUUCUGGUCCCCCGAAACAAGCGGCUCGAGAUCGAGAAGAACCUGCUGGUCCGCGCCACCACCGACCCUGUUGCUGCUGAGCUGGACAUUGUGACAGGUCUGACUGACAUAUUCAAGCACGACACGUAUUGCAGUGAUGUUUGGAACACCAACAAACGCCACAAUGGGAGACUCAUGUGGCUGUAUCUCAAGUACUGGGAGCUGAUGGUUGAACUGAACAAAUUUAAGAGAGUAGAGAAAAAUAUUCUAGAGAAGUGAGGCAGGUCCAGUUGGAGCGCCAGUGAACAGUUGGCAUCGCACGUGCUGCCCUGAGUCUCUCUCCCCACCAGUGCUGCCCACAUGGGUCCACAGAUCCUCAUACCAUCCCCAGAGCUCCCCGCUCCUGCACAGAAGGAUGAUGAAGUGACAGGAGGCUGCAUCUCCCUACUGAAGUUCUUUGGCUCUGCUGGUGCAAUUUCCAGAAGCAUCUCUUGAACUGUCCAUGUUUCACUAGGAAGAGCUAAAGGGCCUCCCAUCUCAGCCCUAAAAUUGGUCCUGAGAAAGACAAGU